AUGACAGGCGGUUUACAGCAUCCGAUAGAUUACGCAGUGAUCAGCGCGAAGAUGGCAAUGACCCCGGCCCCAGCGACUGACAAUUACCUGCCUUGGAAUACCCCUGGAGUCGAAAACAUUGGACCAGAUGAGCCGCAGAAGGUCGAACAGCUCAAGGCAGUCAUGGCUCGGAUGCAGCAGCAUAACUUCGACAAGCACCGCCACUGCUUCCGUGCCACGCAUGUCAAAACCCUUGGCGUUGUGAAGGGCAAGCUGAAGGUCCGGGAGGAUUUGCCCACUGAACUGAGGCAGGGGGUCUUCCAUGAGCCGGGCAGGGAAUAUGAUGUGAUUGCCCGCUAUGCGAAUGAGCCGUACCUGUUGCUGGAUGACAAAGAAGCCACGCCCAGGGGGCUGGCCCUCAAGGUCUUCGGAGUGGACGGGGAAAGAUUGGAAGGUGUAGAGAACAAGACCAUGACGCAGGACUUCUUCUUCAAUAACGCGCCUAUGAUUGAGUUGACCAACCUCGACACGACCUUAGAUAUUAUGACGUUGCGGGAGAAAAACUUUGACAAUCCAACCGCACUGAGCGCUGCACUCAAGCUUCGUACAGAUGCCAUCAAGCAACAUGCGCCGUACCAGUUACCCAACACCAAUGUGAUUUCCCAUUCUCUGUUUUCGCAGUCGGCCUUUGGCUUCGGUCCUUGGUAUGGCCAUAUGGCACUGUUUCCAGCCAAUGAGCAAAUGAAGAUGAAGAGUAACGAGACUGUAACGAAAGAUGCUGCGUCUGGCACCUUGGGAAACUGGCUUUCCGAGCAUUUCAAGGAUAAAGAGGCACGGUACGAGUUCAAGAUCCAACUUGGUACUUCUGCUCUCCAUCAUCCAACAGAAGACGCAAGCAUUGUCUGGGACCAGACGACGGCACCAUACCAAACUCUCGCUGUUCUUUCCUUCCCACCCCAAGACAGUUUGAACCAUGCCCGAAGGACAUUCUGGGAAGACCGAAUGUCUCUGGACCCGUGGAGAGGACUGGCUGCCCAUAGACCCUUGGGAUCCAUCAACAGGCUUCGUAGAGAAGUUUAUUAUCACAGCAAAGAGAUAAGAGACCGAAUUAACGCCACUGAGAGUAAGGAUGUGACGUCUAUCGACGAUAUUCCAUGA